UGGGGUGCCGUGUUGGGUUUUGGGGUCCCCUCUUGGGUUUUGAGGUCCCCUCUUGGGUUUUGGGGUCCCCUGUUGUGUUUUGGGGUACCAUGUUGGGUUUUAGGGUCCCCCGUUGGGUUUUGGGGGAACUCUUGACCUUUUGGGGCCAUCACGUUGUUUUUGGGGUUCCAUGUUGGAUUCUGGGGAAACUAUGGGGUUAUUUGGGUAACAUGUUGGGUUUUGUGGGGAACUCUUGGUACUUUGGGAUGCCAGGUUGGGUUUUGGGGGGACCACGUGGUUUUUUUGGGUACCAUGUUGGGUUUGGGGAGAACUCUUGGCAUUUUGGGGAUACUUUGGGUUUUAGGGUCCCACGUUGGGUUUGGGGGGAACUCUUGGCAUUUUGGGGGUAUCAUGUUGGGUUUUGGGGGAACUCUUGGAGUUUUGGGGGAACCGCGUGGUUUUUUGGGGUACUGUGUUGGGUUUUGGGGCAACUCUUGGCAUUUUGGGGGUAUCAUGUUGGGUUUUGGGGGAACCACGUGGUUUUUUGGGGUACCGUGUUGGGUUUUGGGGGAACUCUUGGCCUUUUUGGGGUAUGGUGUUGGGUUUUGGGGUCCCUGUGGUGCGUUGGUGCAUCUCUGAAUGCUUUGGGAGCUGCAAUGGCCUCUGAACCCCAAAGCAUUGAGGGGCAGCUCCGCCCUCACUGCCAGCGUUGCCCCAAAUUAACGUUUAUUGCACUAAUUGUAUGCUAAUUGUAUGCAAACGAGGCUGGGUGAGAGCCCAGCCAUCCCGCUCAUUCUGGUGAGGCAGUCAGUGAUGGCUGCAGGUUGUUGUAGGGCCAAUGUAGGGUGGCCAUCUUGGUCUCGUGGUUGCCAUCUUGGCCUUCCUAGUGGCCAUCUUGGCCUCGUGAUGGCCAUCUUGGCCUUCCUGGUUGCCAUUCUUGGUCUCGUGGUUGCUAUCUUGGCUUUCCUAGUGGCCAUCUUGGCCUCGUGAUGGCCAUCUCGGCCUUGUGAUGGCCAUCUUGGCCUUGUAGUUGCCAUUCUUGGCCGUCCUGGUUGCCAUUCUCGGCCUUGUGGUGGCCAUCUUGGCCUCGUGGUUGCCAUCUUGGCCUUCCUAGUGGCCAUCUUGGCUUUGUGAUGGCCAUCUUGGCCUUGUAGUUGCCAUUCUUGGCCUCGUGGUUGCCAUCCUGGCCUUCCUAGUGGCCAUCUCGGCCUCAUGGUGGCCAUCUUGGGCUUCCUAGUGGCCAUCUUGGCCUCGUGAUGGCCAUCUUGGCCUUCCUGGUUGCCAUUCUUGGCCUCGUGGUUGCUAUCUUGGCUUUCAUAGUGGCCAUCUUGGCCUUCCUGGUUGCCAUUCUCGGCCUUGUGGUGGCCAUCUUGGCCUCGUGGUUGCCAUCUUGGCCUUCCUAGUGGCCAUCUUGGCCUCGUGGUUGCCAUUCUUGGCCUCGUGGUUGCCAUCUUGGCCUUCCUAGUGGCCAUCUUGGGCUCCUGCUGGCCAUCCUGGUGGCCAUCUCAGGCUCCUGCCAGCACCCACGCGACCCCCAGCUCCGCUCCGGUGGGGUUCUCCCUUCCCUUUCCUCUCCCCCCCCAGGACCCCAGCAGACCCCACGCUGACGAUGUCGACCCCGGACCCCCCGCUGGGUGGAACCCCUCGGCCGGGCCCCUCCCCAGGCCCGGGCCCGUCACCGGGCGCCAUGUUGGGCCCCAGCCCCGGCCCCUCGCCCGGCUCCGCGCACAGCAUGAUGGGACCCAGCCCCGGGCCCCCCAACGCCGGACACCCGCUGCCCCCCCAGGGGCCCGGCACCUACGCUCAGGACAACAUGCACCAGAUGCACAAGCCCAUGGAGUCGAUGCAUGAGAAGGGGCUGGCCGAGGACCCCCGCUACGGGCAGAUGAAGGGGAUGGGGAUGCGGCCCGGCGCGCACGCGGGGAUGGGCCCUCCGCCCAGCCCCAUGGACCAGCACUCACAAGGCUACCCGUCCCCGCUGGGCGGCUCGGAGCACGCCUCCAGCCCGGUGCCGGCCAACGGCCCGUCCUCCGGCCCGCAGCUCCCGGCCGGCCCCAGCGGCGUCGCCAUGGACGGCGGCGACCCGCAGGCUCUGGGGCAGCAGAACCGCGGCCCGACUCCCUUCAACCAGAACCAGCUGCACCAGCUGCGGGCUCAGAUCAUGGCUUACAAGAUGCUGGCCCGCGGGCAACCGCUGCCCGACCACCUGCAGAUGGCCGUGCAGGGCAAGCGGCCCAUGGGCGGCAUGCAGCAGCAGAUGCCCACUCUACCUCCACCCUCCGUGUCCGGGACGGGAGCCGUGCAAGGAGCGGUGCAAGGGCCCGGAGCGGGACCCACACCUCCCAACUACAACAGACCUCAUGGCAUAGGAGGGCCAAAUAUGCCCCCUCCCGGACCCUCAGGAGUUCCCCCGGGAAUGCCAGGGCAGCCCCCGGGCGGCCCCCCCAAACCCUGGCCUGAAGGACCAAUGGCGAACGCUGCAGCCCCCACCAGCGCCCCGCAGAAGCUGAUCCCCCCGCAGCCCACCGGUCGCCCCUCGCCGGCCCCCCCGGCCGUGCCCCCCGCCGCUUCGCCCGUCAUGCCCCCCCAGACUCAAUCCCCGGGGCAGCCGGCCCAGCCCGCCCCCAUGGUGCAGCUGCACCAGAAGCAGAACCGCAUCACCCCCAUCCAGAAACCGCGCGGGCUCGACCCCGUGGAGAUCCUGCAGGAGAGGGAGUACAGGUGGGGGCCGGAGGGGGGGGCCAUGGUGGGCUUUCACGCUCGCCUUUAUCUCCAGUGGGAGGGCAGGAGGGGGGUUGGGUGCUGCGGAGCUUCGGGGGGCGUCACCCGAAAUCCCGACCUUCCCCUUUUCUGGGGGUUGGAAGGGUCCUUAAAGGUUACAGAAUCCGAGAUGGUUGGGUUGGAAGGGUCCUUAAAGGUUAUAGAAUCCGAGAUGGUUGGGUUGGAAGGGUCCUUAAAGGUGAUAGAAUCCAAGAGGGUUGGGUUGGAAGGGUCUUCGAAGACCAUGGAAUCCAAGAGGGCUGGGUUGGAAGGGUCCUCAAAGGUCAUGGAAUCCAAGAGGGUUGGGUUGGAAGGGUCCUCGAAGGUCAUAGAAUCCAAGAGGGUUGGGUUGGAAGGGUCCUUAAAGGUUAUGGAAUCCAAGAUGGUUGAGUUGGAAGGGUCCCUGAAGGUCACGGAAUCCAAGAUGGUUGGGUUGGAAAGGUCCUUAAAGGUCAUAGAAUCCAAGAUGGUUGGAUUUUGGGACGUCGGGAGCUUCGGGGCGGUGACGCUUGGGCUGCUCCUCCUCCUCCAGGCUGAGGAUGAGGAGGGCUACCGCAAGUUGAUCGACCAGAAGAAGGACAAGCGGCUGGCCUACCUGCUGCAGCAGACCGAUGAGUACGUGGCCAACCUGACCGAGCUGGUGCGGCAGCACAAGGCGGCCCAGGUGGCCAAGGAGAAGAAGAAGAAGAAGAAGAAGAAGGUGAGCAGAGUGGGGAGCUUCCCCGAGGGCUGCGGGGCUGCCUGGGGGGGAUGGGGGCACAAGCGUGGCCGUCUGUUGAGGUUUGAUGGGCUUGGUGGCUGUCUGUUGGUAGUGGCCAUUGAUUGUGGGGUUUGGUGGCCAUCCGUUGGGCUUGGUGGCUGUCUGUUGGUAGUGGCCAUUGAUUGUGGGGUUUGGUGGCCAUCUGUUGGGGUUUGGUGGUUGUUGGGGUGGCCAUCGAUUGGACUUGGUGGCUGUCUGUUGGUAGUGGCCAUCCAUUGUGGGGUUUGGUGGCCAUCUGUUGGGGUUUGGUGGCCAUCUGUUGGGGUUUGGUGGCUGUCUGUUGGUAGUGGCCAUCCAUUGUGGGGUUUGGUGGUCAUCUGUUGGGGUUUGGUGGCUGUCUGUUGGUAGUGGCCAUCUAUUGUGGUGUUUGGUGGCCAUCUGUUGGGGUUUGGUGGCCAUCAUUGGGUUUGGUGGCUGUCUGUUGGUAGUGGCCAUUGAUUGU